GGCGCGCACCGGCACCCAGCGGAGGCGUCUCCCGCUCGGUCGGCGCAGCCCUCGGCGGAAGCAAGGUCCCCGCCCCCCGCGGCAGCCCUCGGGCGGGGUCGCCGGCGCCGGCCGGCAGUUGCCUGGGCGACCAUGUUUGGCUAGCUGAGAGCAUGAAUCAGGUGCCGGAGUUUUAUUCCCUGAGGAGGCGGCGGGACUGGCCGGCCGCUUCCCUGCGGGAGGAUAAAAUCCUGGCUUCAAUUAAAACAAACCAAAACCCCCCACAGCACAGCUCUUGAAGACUCUACAUCUUUACUGAAUGAAGAGCAACAGCAGUUGGGAUUGCGAUUAGGAAUGUGGUACUGGAAAGAUGAAACCAGAACUCUUGAAUUCAGAAGUUUUACACCUGCGAUAGAACUCAAGGAGAAAGGAAAGAAAGGCAAAGCGAUACACUUUGCUGAAACUGACGGUCCCGCUUCAGACAGGUUGACAGAUAAAAAGUUUGCUUCAAGAGACGAUAAGUCACCUAAAGCCUUAGAGAAACGAGGCCAGCAGGGCAAUGUGACACUGCAUGAUGUUAAGUUUGUUGCUUUGUUUCUGCUACAAGAUACUGAGAUGCAGCGGGUCUGUUCUUUUACAACGUUUGUGAGGAAUAAAAAUCUUGACAAUUUCCUCAUGGCCUUGUUGUACUAUUUAUCUCAUUACUUGGAAAAAAACUCACUGGAAAAGAAACCCAAAAGCUAUAUGGUGGGCCUUGUAGAGAAAAAAGAGAUGGAAUCGGUUGUAAGUAAGUUAGAGGCGGCGCAGAAGUACUUGGCACAGAAGUACUGCGUCCUCGUCCUGGGCUUGGCCAUGCCUGAUAAGCAUCACAUGUGCUGCGGAAAGACUCAUUUCAGGUUCAUAUGCAGAGCUAAAUCAGAAUGGGAGAAAAUAUCAGAUACACAAAAAGACUGGAAAUUCUUUGAGUCCUUUUAUACUUUCUGUACGUAUGUAGCUUGGAUUGUCUUCCGACGUCAACACUUCACAGAGAUUGAGGAAGAAAUAGGGAGGCUCUUUCGUACCGAUAUGUUCAACAUUCCUCGGAGGAAGCGUGAGGAUGAAGAAUCAGGGGGGGGAAAGAAACGCAUGACUUUUGUGCAAUUCAGGCAAAUGAUGGCAAAACGCCCAGCGAUUAAAAAAGCCAUUAACAUGCGCUCUCCAGUUAUGUCUACUCUGCUGCCAUCUCUCAGAGAAAAAGCUCAGAAUGUCUUUGAGAAAAAGAAUCAUCAAAGAGGCAUCAAACUCCCAGCCCAGAUGCAAGAGCACCUGGACUCUGUGCCCAUGCCAACAGUUGGCAUCUUGGGGGAGCCUCGAUGUCUGUUCAACCCCCAUACCCUUCUCCCACUUGAACCAGAAGAAAACACAAAACCGGCUGGGAGACAUUCUUCCCUGAUAGAAAGAAAUAACAUGAAGAUCCAGGAUACACCGAACUUAGUCAUGAGAACACUGUCCUCUCAAACAACAUUCCCUAAAUAAUCGGGUACAUUCCAUUUCUGUAAUUAAGUCCCUGUAUUUGAAGUAAACUACUUUGACUUAAUCACUUUA